ACAAUAACCACACCUGCUUAUUUGGCAUUGUUGCAGAUAAGCCAUUCUGGAUGCACAACCAUCAUAUUUCACUGCAGUAUGUGUACGUCAAUGGCAGCGUGUCCAUACCGUGUCAGGCCAUCGCUGAGCCGCCAGCCAAUUUUACCUGGUACAAGAAUAGCAACAAGAAACGUUUGCGCAACGACAAACACUACAGCUUCGAGACGGAUUAUUAUGCAUCCAAUUUGACGAUUCAAGCGCGCGACGAUAGCGUAUUCGACACGUAUCGCUGCCUAGCGGAGAACAAUCUGGGUGCCAUUGAACGCAGUACCGUAUUGGAGCGCGGUGUGAAGCCACCACCACCAACGGUGUUGCAGUUGCGCGGCUUCAAUUCGAAUACGUUCGAUGUGGAUGUGGGUUCGGUGCGCACUUCACCGGUGCGUAAAUUGAUGGAGGUGAUUGGAUUUCGUAUUGAGUAUAUGACGGAAUAUGAAUUCAAAUCAGAUGCAGGCAAAUGGACGAAUGCUAAGCGCAGAGAUUUUCCAUUCGAAGAUGGCGCAACUUUUCUCAUCAACAAUUUGGAAGCCAACACCACCUAUUUCAUGCGCGCUGCAACUAAAAAUCUCGCCGGUUUCAGCGAUUGGACAAAAAUCGAAAAAUUUCGUACAAUCUCCAAUGAGCCGCCAUCAUCGUCGACGCGCUUGGCGCAUUUGAGCGGCGCACAAUUGUUGUGCAUAUCGCUGGUGGCGUUGUUGUUGUGCAAGGAAUUGUCAUUCGGGCUCCAACCAGUUGCCAGUAUAACAAGCUACGUCGCGCUGCAGGCGUGCGUUGGUGAAGCGUGCGCAAGCUGGUGGAAUUGCAACUAUUUAGAUAUAAAUUUCAACGCUAUCUACGAACUAACAUAAUUAUAAGGCAUUGCCAUCAAUACUCAAAUACAUACAAAUUUCAGCAGCGCAAAUACAGAACGGAGCCGGAAAAUUUUGAAAACCAAAUUAUAGAAUACAUCUACAUACCAAAUUGCAUUUCGUGCCAAAAAUUUUAAUAAAAUAUCAAACAAAUGAAUUAUAACAUACAUAUGUAUAUAAACGUAUAUGUAUGUACAUAUGUAUGCAUCAAUUAAAAUCAAAAAGGAUGAAACCCCGAAAAUGUUUUCUGCAGACCAACACAAAAUCUAAGCGCAUAAUUAACUCGCAUUCAAACAAACAAACAAGCAAACAAACAAACAAACAUGAUGACCAUGUUCAUGUACAUACAUUAAAUAAUAGCAUUGUAUAUUCAGUUGAAAAAUGUCCAGCCAUUGUGUAACGAAAAGGAAAUAAAUUGAAAUAAAAUAUUUGUAUAAAUGUAAAAUA